GUAUAUAGCCGAAUAAUUCAUUAUUCAGAUAAAAUCUUUGAAAAACAGUCCAAAAUAUAAACAGCUGGAGUUUUUUCUAUCCAUUUACUCGUAAUAAAAAGAAGCGGAUAAUAAACUAAACAUAAAAAUGACUGAAACCUCAUCUAUUCCGAAGAUUUGCAGUGGCGUCGGAAUUGUGGGUCAACUGAUGUUUUUUGUUUUCGGAUUUUUCUUCCACUGGCCUGCGAUGUGGUACUUGGAACUACCAACAGUCCAGUACACCGGUGGUGCGUACAGUUGGUGUGGCAAGGCGACUGGAUUUGGUAGUUGGAGUUGCUCUUCAAUCGGCUCAGCUGAGGCAGAAGCUUUUGGCCAUGAAUGGGGAGCAUACAUGGGCAUACGUGUCAUGGUAGCCUUCGCAUACAUCACUGGCAUCGUCGCUAUUAUUUUGCUCUACGUCAAUUUGUGCGUCAAGAAAAGGGGAGUUGCGACGGCAGGAGUCGGUUUUGCGGCCGCCGAGUGUCUAUUUGUGCUAAUUGCGGCUGCAUUGUGCUCGAGCACCUUCAGUGAAGCCUUUGGACUAGACACCGACCCCGCCUAUGCUAUGUUCAUGGCAUGGGUGGCGUGGAUCACCACUAUUUUGGUGACGGUGAUGGCUGUCCUCGCACUGGUCUUCACAAUCAAGGAUGAGAACAAAGUAUAAGGAUACCUGCAUCAAUUUUGACGUGCUUACUUUGAUAUAAAUUAAUCUCUAUAUGAUUUCCCCAUU